AAGGCCGUUUCACUUCAAGAUGAUUCGGGCUGGGCGCCCCGCGGGCUGAGCUCGCGGACCGUACAUGGCGGACACGUAUGCGUACGGCCUGACGCACAAGAACACCUUUCUGGAUUGCGAGUCGCCGUGGAUUGAUCACGUCACCGUGGGGCGGCGUGCCAAGUCGGACCCCUCCUCUGACCGCUCCUCAACCUCGGGGCUGCUCAACGACAGCAGCAGGGAGCAACUGACCGCUCUGACAGGCACUCUCAGCAGAGGUCACGGAGGGCCAGAGUGUGGCCCGAUCGUACUACAACAGCAGGAUGAGGAUGAGGCGCGGCCCGAGCCAGCGAAUCUGGAGACCGCCGCUCGGACAUUCCGCCAGGAGAUGGAGGAAGACGAACGGUUCGGCAAAAACGAUGAAAGCAAGGAGACUGCCAUCACAAGGACGCAGCGGCGUCAUCUGUUGCGGAAGCACGCGAAGACCAGCCAGAGAAAAGAGGUCCACGAUGUAGAGGCGGGCAGUUCGAAAGCCUCUACCAAGAUCUCUCUUUAAUUGCCCUUGUUCGGGCUCCUGUAACUAGUGGACUUUGGCAGGCGUGCUCAGACCACAGUCCAGAAACGAAGCAUUUGUUAGUGGAUGGGUGUGAGUCUGCGGCACAGGACAGGAUUUAUAAUUGGUCACGCAAGAAGAGGAACGAAAGGAGUGGGGAAGAAGGGCCUGCGCGGCGAUUGUCGCGCACGCAUUCUGACGGGUUGCAAUAGCGCUCGUCAAGGCUGCUCGUUCUUUAUGACAUCCUUAUCUUUGCCACCACGUGGAUGUUUGUGAUUUCCAGCGAGUUCCUCUUCAUCCUCUCCCUCCUCCAAUCGGCUCCUCCUCCUCCGCCUCUUCCUCCUCCUCCUCUUCCUCCUCCUCCUCCUACCUCCACCAUCCAUCCUCAUCCUCCCUCCUCUGCCAGACCCCGUGCACAAGUUUACGUAUUGCUGACCUCUGCCAAUCAUCCAGGUGGGCGCGAUGACGUUCGCCGGUCUUAGAUGAGGCUGUUGUCGUUGCCGCAUACGUUUUCUUGCAGGUGGUCAGGCCCAACCCCGGGCAACAGGGCGGCCAGCUCCAACCAAACCCGCCGCAGGGGACAUCCGGCACCUUCAGGGCGCUCCGCGGAGUUUUACUUCUUCUGCACUCGACCACAUUAGGCAUCACAAGAGGUGGGGUGGAGAGCAGAUGCCUCCUCCUCCUCCUCCUCCGGGAAGUUUUUUUGUGGCGAGGGCCAGGGCCAUCGCCAAGAAGAAGAAAAAGGCCGUUCGAGCUCUCCCAGUCAAGCCCGAACCUUGAACGGCAACUCUGCCAGCCUGGAGACACUUGAUCCUGUGCAUUUAGUCUUCCUAGGUGGGGCCCAGGUUUUGGCCCAACCGUCGUUUGGGCCCAGGCUCGCGCCCGCCAGGUUUAGGCCCUAGGUCGUUUUCAGUAAACAACGUUUUACUAACGUGGGUUCUGUCCAUCUCCGAUUUUUCUGCACUCAACAACCUCAGGCAUCACAAGAGGUGGGGUGGAGAGCAGAUGCGAAGCCUUCUCGUGGCGAGGGCUAGGGCCAUCGCCAAGAACAGAAGCCGUUCGAGCUCUCCCAGUCAGGCCCGAACCCUGACUGGCAACUCUGUCAGCCUAGAUGCACGUGGUCCUGUGCAUUUCGGCUUCCCGCCUCGUCUUCUCCUCGUGCUCCUGCUUCCUCUUUCGUGCCAUCGGCCAGUGCUGCGCCCCCCCCAGCUCCGUCGAGGUUCCACUUGUGUUGGCUCGAUGUCCAUCGCUGCUCUCAGGGCAGGCUAUUUCCGCCGCCGCAUGCGUUCUUACGCAGGCGGUCAGGGCCCAUUCCUGCGGUGCGCCUGUGUGGGCGAGGUGUCCACCGGCGCCCCUGGAGUGGCUCCCCCGGGCUCUGCAGUGCGCCUGUGUGGGCGAGGUGUCCACCAGCGCACACAGAGUGGCCUCCCCUGGCAAUGAAUGAGGGAGACGGUUCAAUAGGGCCCCAAGACCGCAAGAGACCCCCCAUCUCGGGGAGGCAGAGGGCCCAGGCCGCCACGGCGCGCGGCGUUGAGUGGGGUCACCGACCCCGUCAGCUUCCACAGCAGCGUCGGCGGCCCCGCAGCUUGAAGAGGUCCCCAGGUUUCAGAGGAGACUGCGACGUGAUGGCUUCUCGUCCGACAGCUCCUGGCCCCACGCUCUGCGAUGCGCGGUGCCCAUCGAUGCCGAGUCUGCAGCGCCUGUUUGUUCCCCAACCGUCCUGUGGUGUUACGGUCCUCGCUUUGAAGAGACAGUCCCCGC